AAACUUCGCCCCCAAAAUAUAAUACAGUUGAGUCCUCCUCUCAACAGUAACACUAUCACACACUCCCCUCUCUCUCUACAAUCUCUCACUUGUUGAUGUAGAUAUUAUAUCAAGAAUUAAAUAUGUCGAGAAACCUAAACUUGUGCUUCACGAAGAUGAAAUCGCCGGAGCCCAGCCUCCCGGAAAAUCACUCCUCCUCCUCCCACCUAUUCAAGAACUUCAACUCCCUCUACGAGAACAUGGACGCCUCCUCCUCCUCCUCCUCCACCCCGGACAUCGCGACCGUGUUCGCCUCCCGCCGCUUCUUCUUCUCCUCCCCGGGGCGCUCCAACUCCAUCAUCGACUCCUCGUCGUCGGCGUCCAUCGCCUCCACGUCGUCCUCGUUCGAGAGCGACGCCGCCGUGGCCGUGCCCACGUACUCGCCGGAUCCCUUCCGCGACUUCCGGCGAUCAAUGCAGGAGAUGGUGGAGGCGCGUGGCGUCCACGACGUGCAGGAGAGUUGGGAUUAUCUGCAUGAGCUCCUCAUGUGCUACCUCUCCCUCAACCCCAAACCCACCCACAAAUACAUCGUCCCGGCCUUCGCCGACCUUCUCGUCGGACUCAUCACCGCCGCGCCGGAAAAUCCCCGCCGCGACGGAAAGCGCAAGAUUUCGCGGCAGUUUCUGUAGUAAGAGAAAAUUAAUUUGGUAAAAUCUCAUUUUGUUAGUUAUUUAUUUUACCAUCGCUUUCAACAACGUUUGUGGUAUAAUAAUUAACGAGGAAAGGAAGAAAACUACCAUAUAUGUAAAUGUGAAACGAUUUAUAUUAUUUAUUAAUAUCUGUUGGGAUAUGAUAUGACAAAA